UGGAGGGAAGGAAAUGGGUGAUAGAAUUACUUUAUGUUUAAAUUCUUUGUAUUACUCACUGACAUUGUAGCCAAAUCUUAAAACAGCUUUGUUUGCUUUCAGCAUUGAAGCUUGCUAUAAAUCACUUCACCAGGAGGCAUCUUCAGUUUGUUCUUUAGUUAGCAGCAAUACUUGAGUGCCUUUCUUAUUUAAGAAUUAGUGGCAAAUCACACUGUAAAACAAGACCUGUCAGUUGUUCUAUAAAUGCUUUUGAACUUGAUCCCUAGUUGAGCUCCUUCCCCCUCAGAGUCUGAUACAAAUUACCCUUUAUUGUCAGAGUAUUUGCUCAUUAGUCCUGUGAACUCUACAUUCAGACUCAUUGCUUCCUCCAGGUAGAGGAGCUUGUACCAUAAUAUUCUAUGUCCAUUUAUGUUAGUUUAAUGAAAUCUUGUGAAUUUAGGAAAAUAAAAGAACUGCUCAUACUUCCAUAUCUUUGUAGUAACUUCUGUUGUGUGUCCUUUUGUAGUCCCAUAUUUCCAUAUCCAUAUGCUUUGUCAUUCUUUUUUCUCUCAUGUCGUUUUCUCCAUUCUUCACCAAAACAGCAGCGUACAUAGGCACAUGGUUUUAUGAUCUGUUUUUCCCACUCAAUAUUUAAAAAAAAAAAAUUUGCCAUGUUAGGUAGGUUGGGUUCGGUGGCUUACAUCUGUAUUCCCAGCACUUUGGGAGGCCGAGGCAGGUGGAUCACCUCAGGUCAGGAGUUUGAGACUAGCCUAACAUGGUGAAACCCCGUCUCUACUAAAAAUACAAAAAAUAUUAGUGGAGUGUGGUGGCACAUGCCUGUAAUCCCAGCACUUUGGGAGGCCGUGCUGGGCAGAUCACGAGGUCAGGAAAUUGAGACCAUCCUGGCUAACGUGGUGAAAUCCUGUCUCUACUAAAAACACAAAAAAUUAGCCAGGUAUGGUGGCAUGCCCCUGUAGUCCCAGCUACUCGGGAGGCUGAGGCAGGAGAAUCGCUUGAACCAGGGAGGUGGAGGUUGCAGUGAGCUGAGAUUGCGCCACUGCACUCCAGCCUGGGUGACAGAGACUCUGUCUCAAAAAAAAAAAAAAAAAAAAAAAAGAAAAAUUAGAUGGGUGUGGUGGCAUGUGCCUGUAAUCCCAGCUACUGGGGAGCCUGAGGCAGGAGAAUCUCUUGAACCUGGGAGGCAGAGGUUACAGUGAGCCGAGAUUGCACCACUGCAGUCUGCCUGGGUGACAGAGCUAGACUCUGUCUCAAAAACAGAAAAACAAAAAAACAACUUUCCAGUGGCUUCUCACUGUUCUGAGAAUAAACUCCAGGCUCUUCCAUUGCAACCAACAUGAUCUGGUGAUUCGACCCCAGCCCCUCUUUCCAGGCCCUCAUCACCUUGAUCCUCUCUUAACCUAUCCUGCUCCAGCUGCACUGGCUGCCUUCCUAUUCCUCCAGCAUACCAAGAUUGUUUCUGCCACAGGGCCUUUGCAUCUGCUGUUCUCUUCGCCUGGACUCCUCUUGGUUCUUUUUUUUUUUUUUCUUUGAGAUGGAGUCUCACUCUGUCGCCCAGGCUGAAGUGCAGUGGCGCGAUCUCGGCUCACUGCAAGCUCCGUCUCCCAGGUUCAUGCCAUUCUCCUGCCUCAGCCUCCCGAGUAUCUGGGACUACAGGCAUCUGCCACCACGCCCGGCUAAUUUUUUUGUAUUUUUAGUAGAGACAGGGUUUCACCGUCUUAGCCAGGAUGGUCUCGAUCUCCUUGCCUCGUGAUCCGCCCGCCUGGGCCUCCCAAAGUGCUGGGAUUACAGGUGUGAGCCACCGUGCCUGGCCAUAGAGCAGUCUCUUCCUUUUCCUGUUGGGUCUCUGCUCAAAUGUCAUGUCAGAGAGGCAGACCUCUGGGGCGGUCUAUCUGAGGGAAUGCACCCAUCUCCCUUCCUCUGACCAGUCAGUUACCUUGCUUAUUCUUUCAAAGCUCUUACCACCACCUGAAGUCAUCUAUCUGGUUUGGUUAUUUUAUUGUUUAGUAGCAGUCUUUAUUUUAUUAUUAUUAUUUUUUUUUUUGAUGGAGUCUCACUCUGUUGCCCAGGCUGGAGUGCAGUAGCAUGAUCUCGGCUCACCACAACCUCUGCCUCCCAGGUUCAAGCGAUUCUCCUGCCUUAGCUUCCUGAGUAGCUAUGACUACAGGCACAUGCCACCAUGCCCAGCUGAUUUUUGUACUUUUAGUAGAAACGGGGUUUCACUAUGUUGGCUGGUCUUGAACUCCUGACAUCAAGUGAUCCGCCCACCUCGGCCUCCCAAAGUACUGGGAUUACAGGCAUGAGCCACCACGCCAGGCUGGUAGCAGUCUUUCCUAGAAUGUGGAUGCCUUGGAAAACAGGAGCUUUGCCUUGUUUCCCUAGAACCUAGAAUGGCAUCUGGCACACAGCAGAUGCUACAUCUAUUGUAAAUGAAUGAAUGAAAGAAGUGUCCUUGCAGCCACACUGGCAGCCGUAACAUAGUGGUUAUAAAUCUAGACUCUGGAGUCUCAAGUGCAAAUGUCAUUGGCCUCUCCUCCAGCCUCCUCAAGGGGCACUCAAUGAAAGAACCUGGAAGCGCCCUGAUAUGACUGUGGUUGGACUGACAUGACUGCCAGAUGGUGGGACUUGGUCUGGAGCAGAGACUGCUUGGAAUGGUAGAGGCAAAACUCAGCCCCUGGAGCUGCGCUUGUGGUGGAGCUGGACCCUGAUUUUAGCUGGACCUUGUUUUUAGAGACAGGGUUUCCUUCUGCAGUCUCAAACUCCUAGCCUUGAUUGAUCCUCCUGCCUUGGCCUCCCAAAGUGCUGGGACUACAGGUGCAUGCAACCACACCUGGCUAAUUUUCUUUUCUUCUUUCUUUCUUUCUUUUUUUUUUGAUGGAGUCUUGUUCUGUUGCCCAGGCUGGAGUGCAACGGUGCGAUCUCGGCUCACUGCAACCUCUGCCUCCUGGGUUCAAUCCAUUCUCCUGCCUCAGCCUCCCAAAGUGCUGGGAUUACAAGCAUGCAACACCACACCCAGCCUGAAACCCAGAUUUUUGAUAUGAAAUCAAAGUCUUCAAACCUUGUAGGUGUCAUAAAAAGCACGCUGAGGACCACUAGUUUGCAACUGCCAAUCUAAAAUAUCAUAGACAUUAUAUCACUUUUACCACGAAAAAAAAAGUAUGUGAGGCAGAAAAUGGAAGCAACCAUGCCUAAUUUAUUGUUGAAUACUUUUUCCGUAUACCAAGAGCUUUCUUUGCACUAGCAUCUGAAACUAUAUCCAGAAUGACAUUGGUUUUCAUAAAAGUGUUGAUCCUCACACCUCUUUAUAGUCUUGCACCUAGCACAGUGGAGUGAAACACUUUAAAUAGCACUUGUUCCUUGAGUAUAUAUGGAAAAAAGUGAAGUAUUGAUAAGUGUUCAGCUAAUAUGAGCAGCAUCUCAGGAGUCUCCAAUUCUUGAAUUACCAGGGAGUAUUUUUACCAUUUUCCCCCAGUGAAAGGCCUAUUUUGAGAGACUUACCCUCCAAAAUGAAUGUAUUAAGUCAUGUUCCUUUUUUUUUUUUUUUUUUUUUUUUGAGACAGGGCCUUGCUCUGUUGCCCGGGCUGGAGUGCAGUAGCAUGAUAGUUACAGGAAAGGGGUCCCAAUCUAGACCCCAAGAGAGGGUUCUUGGAUCUUGUGCAAGAAAGAAUUCAGGGUGAUGCCACAGUGUGAAGUGAAAGCAAGUUUAUUAAGAAAGUAAAGGAGGAGGGGCACGGUGGCUCACUCGUGUAAUCCCAGCACUUUGGGAGGCCGAGACAGGUGGAUCACGAGGUCAGGAGAUCAAGACCAUCCUGGUUAACACGGUGAAACCUUGUCUCUACUAAAAAUACAAAAAAAUUAGCCAAGUGUGGUGGCGGGCGCCUGUAGUCCCACCUACUCUGGAGGCUGAGGCAGGAGAAUGGGAUGAACCCGGGAGGCGAAGCUUGCAGUAAGCCGAGAUCGUGCCACUGCACUCCAGCCUGGGUGACAGAGGGAGACUCCAUCUCAAAAAAAAAAAAGAGAAGGUAAAGGAAUAAAAGAAUGGCUACCCCAUAGACAGAGCAGCCGUGAGGGCUGCUGGUUGCUCAUUUUUAUGGUUAUUUCUUGAUGAUAUGCUAAACAAGGGGUGGAUUUUUCAUGCCUCCUCUUUUUAGACCAUAUAGGGUAACUUCUUGAUGUUGCCAUGGCAUUUGUAAACUGUCAUGGUGCUGGUAGGAGUGUAGCAGGGAGGAUGAUGGGAGGUCAGUCUUGUCUCUGUUUUGGUUUUGGUGGGUUUUGGCCAGCUCCUUCACUGCAACCGGUUUUAUCAGCAAGGUCUUUAUGACUGGUAUUUUGUGGUGAACUUGUGUGUCAUCCUGUGACUUAGAAUGCCUUAACCAUCAGGGAAUGCAGCCCAGUAGUUUCAGCCUCAUUUUUCCCGGCUCCUAUUUAAGAUGGAGUUGCUCUGGUUCACACACCUCUGACAUGAUCACUGCUCACUGCGGCUUCCACCUCCCGGGUUCAAGAGAUCCUCCUGCCUCAUCCUCCCAAGGUGCUGGGACUACAGGUGUGUGCCACCAUGCUCAGCUAAUUUUUGUAUUUUUUGUAGAGACGGUGUUUUUCCAUGUUGCCCAGGCUGGUCUCAACCUCCUGGGCUCAAGCAAUCCUUCUGUCUCAGCCUCCCAAAGUACUGGGAUUACAGGCAUGUCCCACCAUGCCCAGACUAAUAUUUACUUUUAGUCAGACUAAGAUAGGGUUACUACUUGAGUUGCUAUGGCUCCAGCUGAAAGAAAGCCUGUGCAGUCAUAUCACGCGUAAACAUUUGCUUUAUGCUAAAAAUAUGGUGGACCUGGCAUUACAGCUAUUACAAAUCUCCUAAGUUGUCUCGGGUAGUGUAUUAGUUACUUUUCAUACUGCUAUGAAGAAAUACUCGAACCUGGGUAAUUUAUAAAGAAAAAGAGGUUUAAUGUACUCACAGUUCCACAAGGCUGGGGAGGCCUCAGAAUCGUGGCGGAAGGCAAAGAAGGAGCAAAAAGGUAUGUCUUACAUGGCAGCAGGCAAGAGAGCACGUGCAGGGAAACUGCCCUUUAUAAAACCAUCAGAUUUAGUGAGAUGUAUUCACUAUCACGAGAACAGUAUGGGAAAAACCUGCCCCCAUGAUUCGAUUACCUCCUACCGUGUCCCUCCCACGACACAUGGGGAUUAUGGGAACUACAAUUCAAGAUGAAAUUUCGGUGGGGACGCAGCCAAACCAUAUCGGGUAGCAACAACCUAGGGUCAGUUUUGCAGGUGGUAAAGCCAUUUACCAAGAUAGUUGUAGGUAAAGAAGGGCAGAUUUAUUAGAGAAAUUAUGAAAAUAUGUUGCAAUGGGCAGCUCAGCAGAGAAGGGGCUACCUGCAAAGAGGCAAGGGCUGGAGGAAAGUUUUAUAGGGUCCUGCUGAAGGGUGCUAUGUGUGGAAUGAGGUCAUUGUGCCCACAGGUUGUUUGUGAUUAGCUGUCUCUUAACAAUUGUUCAUACAAUAAUUGUUCAUUAUUGUUCUCAACUUGGGGCUCUCCCCAACCUGGGGACCCUUCCUUAUUGUUGCUUACUUAUCAGGACUCCACAUAAGGGUGUGGAAACUUCAUUCAUUCAUAUCUUCAACGCAAAUUGUAGGUAGCCUGUUUUUUAAAACAUUUAUUCAACAAAUAUUUAGUCCAAGCCACUAUUACUUAUUAUCUUCUCUACUAUUUUAUGGACUUUUAACUAUCUCUGACACUAUUCACUAUUCUUCCACAUUUUCUAUUAUUUAUACCUAUGGUAAAAUUUGCCAGUUUGACCAUACAACUAAUACUCACAGGGAAUAUAUAGAGUCUAGAAGAAAAUAUACAGGUCCUUAAAGGCUGCCCUGCCAACAAAACCAUAAUGCAGGAACAAACAUCACAACUAUGCCAAAUAAUCAAUCCUACAAUGUCCAGAAUUUUACUUUAAAACUGGAAUUUCCAGACUUCCUUUCUGCAUUAACCAGUUUAACUAGACAGUAAUGAAAUAUUCCUCCUACUUUAUGCUGUGAUAGUUUAUUUAUUUAUUUAUUUAUUUAUUUAUUUAUUUGAGACAGAGUUUCGCUCUUGUUGCCCAGGCUGGAGUGCAGUGGCACGAUCUCAGCUCACCACAACCUCCACCUCCCAGGUUCAAGCGAUUCUCCUGCCUCAGCCUCCCGAGUAGCUGGGAUUACAGGCAUGUACCACCACGCCCGGGUAAUUUUGUAUUUUUAGUAGAGGCGGGGGUUUCUCCAUGUUGGUCAGGCUGGUCUAGAACUCCUGACCUCAGGUGAUACCCCUGCCUCAGCCUCCCAAUGUGCUGGGAUUACAGGUGUGAAGCCACCGCGCCCGGCUGCUGUGAUAGUUGAGAUGUAAACCAAAAAUAAAAUUCUAAGUCACCCAAUCCAACUGAAUGGACCCUUCCUGUUGACCAAGGACAUUCCAAAGUAAACUGAAAAGACCAGCUUAGGCCAUGAUGGGAAGGGGAGGUGUCAACAUGCCUCAUUCUACCUUCCUCCCUCUGGAAUCCAGACACAACUGACCAGCAUUAACAUUAAAACAGAGAUCUUAAGCUGGGCACAGUGGCUCAUGCCUGUAAUCCCAGCACUUUGGGAGGCCAAGGUGGGAUCACCUGAGGUCAGAAGUUCAAGACCAGCCUGGCCAGUAUGGUGAAGCCAUGUCUCUACUAAAAAUACAAAAUUAGCCGGACAUUGUGGUGCACGUCUGUCAUCCCAGCAAGGCAGGAGAAUCACUUGAACCCAGGAAGCAGAGGUUGCAGUGAGCCAGGAUCAUGCCAUUGCACUCCAGCCUGGUCAACAGAGCGAGACUCCGCCUCAUUAAAAAAAAAAAAAAAAAUUAGCCGGGUGUGGUGGCGGGCACAUGUAGUCCCAGCUACUAGGGAGGCUGAGGCAGGAGAAUGGUGUGAACCAGGGAGGCGGAGCUUGCAGUGAGCCGAGAUUGUGCCACUGCACUCCAGCCUGUACAGAAAUGCAUUUCAUAAUGCAUUUUAAUUGCAUUAGCAGUGAUUUAAUUUUUUUAGAUGCUAAAACUUAUGGGUGAAAGUGGAUUAAAUGUAGCCAAAUGCAACAUCAAAAUCUUCAGGCACAAAAACCCAUUAACUUUUUCAUACUCUCAGAAGAUGAACCUAAUUUCAAAUGAAAGCUGCCUGCAGAAUAUAUUAAGCGUAUUCUAGAUAUAAUUCAUUUUGGCAAACAUACUGUAGAAAUUCACAUAACAUUUUACUGUACUAAAAGUAAAUUGCCCAUGUAACAAAAAAUAUCUUUUUAGAGCUUCAAAUGAAUUUUAAAGGAUGACUGAUGGUCCUUGGAAAAGAAACAGUAAACUAAUAAGGUUUGUAGCAAUGAUGUAUGAGUUAGACAUUGCAGUUCCAGAUGAUCUCUUUAUUAAAGAGACGAUCUACACUUAAUUUGGUCAACUGUUAUGAACAUAGUUCAUGUUAAGUCCCCAUUUAAAUACAACCUGAAAUACCAAAGUUAAUUUUCUUUUCUUUCUUUUUUUUUUUUAGACAGAGUCUUGCUCAGUUGCCCUUCCUGGAGUGCAGUGGCGUGAUCUCGGCUCACUGCAACCUCCACCUCCUGGGCUUGAGCGAUCCUACUGCCUCAGCCCCCCAAGUAGCUGGGAGGACAGGCGCAAGCCACGGCACUCAGCUAAUUUUUGUAUUUUUCAUAGAGAUAGGGUUUCACCAUGUUGCCCAAUUUGGUCUCGAACUCCUGAGCUCAAGUGAUCCGCCCGCCUUGGCCUCCCAGAGUGCUGGGAUUACUUACAGGCAUGAGCCACCGUGCCUGGCCAGAAAAUUUUAAACACACACAAACUCUCAAGUGGCCUAAUUCCCUCUCACCAAACCAAUCACAAUACAGAUAAAAGAGAAUAACUUGUAUUCAUUUUUGUACAAACAAAAAAGAUAUAAAUUGUGAAUGAUGCAUGAUUUUUAAUUACAAGUAAACUGGGCAAAUGCUUCUGCAUUAUUUAAAGCUAAAAGGUGAUCAGUGGAAACUUUCCUCUGUUAGUACUCUAAUACUUUUUAUAUUUAUCGGCUCACUACAACCUGUGCCUCCCAGGUUCAAGCAAUUCUCCUGUCUCAGCCACCUGAGUAGCCGAGACCACAGGCACGCACUACCAUGUCCAGCUAAUUUUGUAUUUUUAAUAGAGACAGGGUUUCACCGUGUUGGCCAUGCUGGUCUUGAACUCCUGACCUCAACCGAUCCGCCUGCCUUGGCCUCCCAAAGUUCUGGGAUUACAAGCGUGAGCCACCGCGCCCAGCCUUACUAUAAUUGUUACUAUUUAAAUCUCUUUUGCUCUCUCCUUCAAGAGAGACCUCAUCCCAUUCAGUUGCAUCCAUUUAUUUAUUCAUCUUCUGCCUCCUGGGCUCGAGAGAUCCUCCAGCGUGAGUCUCCCAAGUAGCUGGGACUACAGGCUCACACCACCAUGCUUGGCUAAAUUUUGUAGGUUUUGGAGAGACAGGCUCUUGCCACGUUGCCUAGGCUGGUCUCAAACUCCUGGGCUCAGAUGAUCCACCUGCCUUCGCCUCCCAAAGCACUGGGACAUGAGCUACCACGCCCAGCCGCAAGUACUUUUACACAAAAUGCAAACACUAUUCUUCCAUCAUAAAAGUGAUACCACAGCUUCUGUGAAGUUUUGCCAGGCAGUACUCAUAAUUACCUUGGGUAAACUUUUUGAUGUUAAACUGUAUCUUCUUAUUACGAGUUUUUCCAUUGUAUUAACUGCUUUUACAACAACACAAAUAACAAGUUAUUUUACAAACCAUUUAGAAAUUUCUGUACUAUGGUGCCAAUAAUGUAAAAUAUAUUAAUGCCUAUUACAUUCAGAUAAAUUAUACACUUGGAAACCACAUACUUAUGACUUACAGAAACUUACAUAAACAAAUUAUAGAAAUUAUAUGCUCAAUUUUUAGGUAUAUACUCUUAAAUUAAGCUUAAGUAUACAUUCUCAAGAUAAAUUAACAGUUCAGGGCUUCACAACUUGAAAUCUGUGGAAGAUGACAUUGGAGACAACAGAACUCUGGUGGAAUUCUUAGAUGGAAUUUGCUGAAACUUUUUUUUUUUUUUUUUUUUUUUUGAGAUGGAGUAUCGCUCUGUCGCCCAGGCUGGAGUGCAGUGGCGCAAUCUCAGCUCACUGCAAGCUCUGCCUCCCGGGUUCACGCCAUUCUUCUGCCUCAGCCUCCCGAGUAGCUGGGACUACAGGCGCCCACCACCACGUGCAGCUAAUUUUUUAUAUUUUUAGUAGAGAUGGGGUUUUACUAUGUUAGCCAGGAUGGUCUCGAUCUCCUGACCUUGUGAUCCACCCGCCUUGGCCUCCCAAAGUGAAACUUUUCUUUAAAAUAGAGAUGGGAUCUUGCUGUAUUGCCCAGGCUGGUCUCAGACUCCUUGCCUUAAGCAGUCCUCCCACCUCAGCCUCCUAAAGUGCUGGGAUUACAAGCGUGAAGCAUUACAUCCAAGUGAAACUUCUUGAGAUAGUUACAUAAUGUUUAAAUCUGCUGGUGUAGAAGUUAAUAAAGUGUAGAACUGAAUAAAUAUUAAAUAUUAGAUCAAGUUUCUCAUGUUUACCUUAACGUAUAAAGAUUUAUGUUAAAGCACUGAUUUUCACAAUAUAACAUCACUGUGAAAUUGGAAAAGAAGCCAAAUAUUUUAUUUCAUGUAUCUGGGAAAUGAGGUGCUUUAGUCACCUGAAUCUGCCCAAAACUAAAAAGCAUUAAUUAAAAAGUACUUAACUCAGAAAUUGUAAAAAUAGGAGACAUCAAUGAAAUACAUUCUACACAGAAUACGCCAACCAUACACUACUCUUUCUUGAUAAUAAAAAAUGUAUUUACUGAGCCAGUUGUGGUGGCUCACCCCUAUAAUCCCAGCACCUUGGAAGGCCAAUGAGAGGGGAUCAGUUGAGGCCAGGAGUUUGAGACCAGCCUGGCCAACAUGGCGAAAUGCCGUCUCUACUAAGAAUACCAAAAUGAGCCGGGCACGGUGGCACGCACCUGUAAUCCCAGGUACUCCGAAGGAUGAGGCAGGAUAAUUGUUUGAACUCAGGAGGUGGAGGUUGCAGUGAGCCGAAAUCAUGCCACUGCACUCCAGCCUGGGUGACAGAGUGAGUCUCUGUCUCAAAAAAAAAAAAUAAUAAGGAAAAGAAAAAAAGUCAGUUGCAGUGGCUCACACCUGUAAUCCCAGCACUUUGGAUGCCGAGGCAGGCGGAUUACGAGGUCAAGAGAUCGAGACCAUCCUGGCCAACAUGGUGAAACCUCCUCUCUACUAAAAAUGCAAAAAUUAGGCUGGGCACGGUGGCUCACACCUGUAAUCCCAGCACUUUGGGAGGCCGAGGCGCGGAGAUCACGAGAUCAGGAGAUUGAGACCAUCCUGGCUAACACAGUGAAACCCUGUCUCUACUAAAAAUACAAAAAAUUAGCUGGACGUGGUGGCAGGCACCUGUAGUCCCAGCUACUUGGGAGGCUGAGGCAGGAGAAUGGCGUGAACCCGGGAGGCGGGGCUUGCAGUGAGCCGAGAUCCCACCACUGCACUCCAGCUUAGGCGACAGAGCCAGACUGUGUCUCAAAAACAGGAAAGAAAACAAAAGAAAAUUUGGACUAUUGCCAAUUACAAAUAUUUUUAGAGAAGAAUUCAAAACAGUAACUGUGGAUGAUGGAAACAAUAGUUAUGAUAAAAGUCUGAUGAAACUUCCCAGUUCACAAGGAAAUUUAAUUAUGUGCAGCAUUUUAAGACAGUAAUCAGAAUCAUGACUGACAGCAUCAUAUCAGGGCCACCAGACUUUUAUAAAUUUCAUACAAUCUUCAGAAAUAAUAACUUUUUUUUUUUUUUUUAGAUAGAUUCUACCUCUGUCACCCAGGCGGGAGUGCAGUGGCAUGAUCUCGGCUCACUGCAAUCUCCGCCUCCUGGGUUCAAGCAAUUCUCCUGUCUCAGCCUCCCGAGUAGGUGAGACUACAGGCAUGUGCCACCAGGCAUGGCUAAUUUUUGUAUUUUUAGUGGAGACAGGGUUUCACUCUAUUAGGCUGGUCUGGAACUCCCGACCUCAGGUGAUCCACCUGCCUUCGUCUCCCAGAGUGCUGGGAUUACAGGCAUGAGUGACGGUGCCCAGCCAUUCAUGACAUGUUUAUACAGAUAUAACUUUAGCAAAUAUUUAGCAUAACUAUCAAAAUUACAAAUCAUAUUAAAUUUGUAUAAAUGUAUGCAAUUUUUGGAACACGUAUAUCAACAACAUACCCAUAAAUAUAACUGAGAUGAGAUCUAAUGUCACCUCACUUGACAGUGCCCUCCCAUGCAGUAUCGCCACAUUUGACAAUGCCUGCCCAUUUAAUCUACCAAAUAAAUCGAAUCACUUAAUACCUCUACAAGAUGAGAGAUACAUUCUUUAGACUCCCCAAGGGAUGCAGCUGAAAAAAUCCCAAAGUUAGUUUUAAGCCAAAAAGACUUGAUUUAGGAUUUUGACACUGGAGAAACCCAUCGAAGAUGUCAAGUUUGAAAACACUUGAUCAAAACAGAAUCACAGGUCACUAUUAAAAGAGUAUUAAUUUAACCAGAGACUUCCAAAGCAAUACAGAAACUUACAUGGAUAUAAAAACCUUAACCCUUUUGAAGGUCAGAUUUGCUAAGUGAUCAAAAGGGGUACUUGAAUUGAAUCGACACAGGAAGAGUGUGUACAGGGUUAUGAGUGUAGGCAAAUGGUUACUUUGGUCAUAUCUCCAUUUGCCACCUGAUUACACAUGAGAAUGGCAUCUUUACUCACCAGAAAGCCAGUAUUAUGGGAGGUGUAGGAGGCAUUCUUGGACCUGAGACAAGAACAUUGUUGUGUAGAAAUUUCAUUGACUGUGUUAAAAUUAUUCUCCAUGGGCUGGAGAACACAUAACGUGGCGUUUAGAAUGAGACGGGCAUUGAUUGGAUGCAAGGUCUCCACACUUACUAGCUGUGUGACAUUGGACAGAGUGCUUCAUCAUUCUGAGACUCAGUUUUUAAAGGAUAAACAACUAACUACCUUGCAAGCUUGCUAGCAGGUUUAAGUGUAAUAAUGUGUGGGAAUGACUGCACCGUGACUAACACGUAGUGACAGCUUAAUUAAUGUUAACCCUUAUCAUUAUCAUAUAAGAAUGUGAGUUACAUAAGAGAGGAAUCCUGUCAGUUCAUUCUCUGCUGUGUCCCCAAGACCAUGAAUCAUGGCUGGCACGUAGUAGGCAUUUAAUAAUAUUUGUUCAACAAGUAUUUGGCAGUCUUGGAGGGCAGAAAAGGAGGUGGGGAAGAUUUUUAAAUAACAUUUUUUAAAAAGUCACAUUGUCCUGCAAUACCAAUUUUUCUUGCAUAUUUAGGAAAUUGAGGGUUUUUUCCUAAAACAUGCGGACAUAUGGGAAAUAGGAUGCAACAUUUGCACUAAUGUUUCAGACACAGUUAGAGGUUUCCAAGAGAUUUUGCGCUGGGGAGGCUGCUUGCUACAAGCUCCCAAAGCUCUGGGAGGACAUAGUAUUCAUUCGUCCCUCAGCAGAAGCGGUGAGGCAAGAAGCUCUGGGGAGCACCCAGCCUUGGACUUUUAGCAUAGUGUGUCAGGUCUUCAUAGUUUGGGCCCAGGACACAGAGAAGUCACAGCUCUCCGGCAUCCUGUGACCUUUACCCUCUUUGCCAAGGGAAAAUGUGGCCCUCCAAAGCAAGAAACUUGAGGGCAUAGGUCCCCCCAGCUCUGGCAUCUGCCCAGAGCCCGAGAAGCAAGGAACAAUGAUCCUCCAGCUACCUCAAAGGGCUGGUACAGGUGGCCACUGCCCUGGCAUCACCCAGCUGUGUUCGGCAGCCUGAACCCCAUCUGUGGGGAUGUGAGGAGGAAAAUACAAAAGUCCUUAGGUGAACACUGAGAAGGCAGAUGCAGCAGAAGCCUCCAGGCCGGAACUACCCAGUCUUGGACCUAUGCUGGAGAUAGAGCAUAGCUGGCGAUCAUGUGUCCUUACACUGUAAGGUCACCUGGUUGCACUAUGGCCUCAUCUGUGGCUCUGAAAAUGAAGAUUUGGAAGGAGAUCAUCACAGCUAAUGUUUAACAAGCCCCUCCUGUGUGCCAAAUCAUUCACCCCUCACAACAACCAAAUGAGCUAAGGAUUCUCGUUAUAUAUAGUUUAUGGAGAAGGAAGUGCAGACAUAAAGAGGUGAAUUAUCUUACCCAGAUCACACAGCUGAUAAGUGGUGGAGGCAGAAUAGAAUCUAAACAGUGUGGCUCCGGAGCCCACAUGCAUUGAUUCGACAAGUGUUUAUUGAGCACCUGCCACGGACAAGGCCUUGUGUGAUUAAAUAGGGUUAUAAUUAGUAAUAUAAAAAUGAGAAAUCACUAAUGCUUUUUAGACUUAACAUUUUCUUUUUUUGUAGGUUUCAGGCACAGAACUGUAUAUCCAAUAAUAGUGAAAUGGAUCCCACUAAUUAUGACCGAAAUGAUGAUACAUUUAAAUGACUUGGAUGUUUUAUAGGUAUGAUCUCGUGAAACCUUGAGAGAAACUGAAUGACGAAUGAAACUGUUGUUCCUGUUUCACACAGAAGAAAACUGAGGUUGGCACUCAUGAUGAGCCCCUGUUCUCAUUCUGCAAAUGGUGAAGCUCUCUAUUGUCCUGACCCCACAGUUCCUGUCCCAUGACCAGGGCCAGCUCACCAAGGAGCUGCAGCAGCACGUAAAGUCAGUGACAUGCCCAUGCGAGUACCUGAGGAAGGUUAUCAAUACUCUGGCUGACCAUCAUCAUCGUGGGACUGACUUUGAUGAAAGUCCUUGGUUACAUAUCAUUAUUGAGUUUCCGAGAAGUUAUGAAGUUGUCAUUACCCUCUGGACAGUGUACCUUUGGUUGUCUUUCCUGAAGACUAUCUUCCAGUCUGAAAAUGGACAUGAUGGAUCCACGGAUGUACAGCAGAGAGCCUGGAGGUCCAACCGCCGUAGACAGGAAGGAAUUAAAAUUGGCCUGGAAGACAUCUGUCCUUUACGGAAACAGGUGGAAACAAAAGUUCAAGCUAAAAUCCGUAAGACGAAGGUCAUAAAGAAAGUCAACCAUCAUUACAAAAUCAAUGGAAAGAGGAAGACCGCCAAAAAACAGAAAAUGUUUCAACGUGCGCAAGAGUUGCGGCGGCGGGCAGAGGACUACCACAAAUGCAAAAUCCCCCCUUCUGCAAGAAAGCCUCUUUGCAACUGGGUCAGAAUGGCGGCAGCGGAGCAUCGUCAUUCUUCAGGAUUGCCCCACUGGCCCUACCUCACAGUUGAAACUUUAAAAAACAGGAUGGGCCACCAGCCACCUCCUCCAACUCAACAACAUUCUAUAACUGAUAACUCCCUGAGCCUCAAGACACCUUCCGAGUGUCCGCUCACUCCUCUUCCACCCUCACCUCCACCCUCAGCGGAUGAUAAUCUCAAGACACCUCCCUUAGCUACUCAGGAGGCUGAGGCAGAAAAAACACCCAAACCCGAGAGGCGGAGGGCCGCUGACGUGCAACCAACACCCGAGAGGCCUAGGGCCGCUGACGUGCAACCAUCACCGAAACCCGAGAGGCCGAGGGCCGCUGAGAUGGAACCAUCAUCACCCGAACCCGAGAGGCCGAGGGUCGCUGACGUGGAACCACCACCGAAACCCGAGAGGCAGAGGGCCGCUGACGUGCAACCAUCACCGAAACCCGAGAGGCCGAGGGCCGCUGACGUGCAACCAACACCGAAACCCGAGAGGCCGAGGGCCGCUGACGUGCAACCACCACCGAAACCCGAGAGGCCGAGGGCGGCUGACGUGCAACCACCACCGAAACCCGAGAGGCGGAGGGCCGCUGACGUGGAACCAUCAUCACCCGAACCCGAGAGGCCGAGGGUCGCUGACGUGGAACCACCACCGAAACCCGAGAGGCCGAGGGCCACUGACGUGCAACCAUCACCGAGAGGCGAAGGGCCGCUGACGUGCAACCAACACCGAAACCCGAGAGGCGGAGGGUCACUGACAUGCAACCAUCGCCGAAACCCGAGAGGCGGAGGGCCGCUGAUAUGCAACCAUCGCAGUAACCCGAGAGGCCAAGGGCCCCUGACUUGCAACCAUCAUCACCCGAACCCAAGAGGCGGAGGGUCGCUGACGUGGAAGCACCACCGAAACCCGAGAGGCCGAGGGCCACUGACAUGGAACUGUCAUCACCCGAACCCAAGAGGCAGAGGGCCGCUGACGUGGAACCACCACCGAAACCCGAGAGGCCUAGGGCCACUGACAUGCAACCAUCACCGAAACCCAAGAGGCGGAGGGCCGCUGACGUCCAACCAACACCGAAACCCGAGAGGCCGAGGGCCGCUGACAUGGAACCAUCAUCACCCAAACCCAAGAGGCGGAGGGUCGCUGAUGUGGAACCACCACCGAAACCCGAGAGGCAGGGGGCCGCUGACGUGCAACCAUCGCCGAAACCCGAGAGGCCGAGCGCCCCUGACGUGCAACCAUCAUCACCCGAACCCAAGAGGCGGAGGGUCGCUGACGUGGAACCACCACCGAAACCCGAGAGUCCGAGGGCCGCUGACGUGCAGCCAUCACCGAAACCCGAGAGUCCGAGGGCCGCUGACGUGGAACCAUCAUCACCCGAACCCCGAGAGGCGGAGGGCCGCUGACGUGCAACCACCACCGAAACCCGAGAGGCCGAGGGCCGCUGACGUGGAUCCAUCAUCACCCGAACCCGAGAGGCCGAGGGUCGCUGACGUGGAACCACCACCGAAACCCGAGAGGCCGAGGGCCGCUGACGUGCAACCAUCACCGAAACCCGAGAGGCCGAGGGCCGCUGACGUGCAACCAUCACUGAAACCCGAGAGGCCGAGGGCCGCUGACAUGGAACCAUCAUCACCCGAACCCGAGAGGCCGAGGGCCGCUGACAUGCAACCAUCACCGAAACCCGAGAGGCCGAGGGCCGCUGACGUGGAACCAUCAUCACCCGAACCCGAGAGGCCGAGGGUCGGUGACGUCGAACCACCACCGAAACCCGAGAGGCAGAGGGCCGCUGAUGUGCAACCAUCACCGAAACCCGAGAGGCCGAGGGCCAAUGACGUGCAACCAUCACCGAAACCCGAGAGGCAGAGGGCCGCUGACGUGCAACCAUCACCGAAACCCGAGAGGCCGAGGGCUGCUGACAUGGAACCAUCAUCACCCGAACCCGAGAGGCCGAGGGUCGGUGACGUGGAACCACCACCGAAACCCGAGAGGCAGAGGGCCGCUGACGUGCAACCAUCACCAAAACCCGAGAGGCCGAAGGCCGCUGAUGUGCAACCACCACCGAAACCCGAGAGGCGGAGGGCCGCUGACGUGGAACCAUCAUCACCCGAACCCGAGAGGCCGAGGGCCGCUGACGUGCAACCACCACCGAAACCCGAGAGGCGGAGGGCCGCUGACGUGCAACCAUCACCGAAACCCGAGAGGCAGAGGGCCGCUGACGUGCAACCAUCGCCGAAACCCGAGAGGCCGAGGGCCGCUGACGUGGAACCACCACCGAAACCCGAGAGGCCAAGGGCCGCUGACGUGCAACCAUCACCGAAACCCGAGAGGCCGAGGGCCGCUGACGUGGAACCAUCAUCACCCGAACCCGAGAGGCCGAGUGUCGCUGACGUGCAACCAUCACCGAAACCCGAGAGGCGGAGGGCUGCUGACGUGCAACCACCACCGAAACCCGAGAGGCGGAGGGCCGCUGACGUGGAACCAUCAUCACCCGAACCCGAGAGGCCGAGGGUCGCUGACGUGGAACCACCACCGAAACCCGAGAGGCCGAGGGCCGCUGACGUGCAACCAUCACCGAAACCCGAGAGGCCGAGGGCCGCUGACGUACAACCACCACCGAAACCCGAGAGGCCGAGGGCCGCUGACGUGCAACCAUCACCGAAACCCGAGAGGCCGAAGGCCGCUGACGUGCAACCAUCGCCGAAACCCAAGAGGCCGAGGGCCACUGACGUGGAACCACCACCGAAACCCGAGAGGCCGAGGGCCGCUGACGUGCAACCAUCACCGAAACCCGAGAGGCCGAGGGCCGCUAACAUGGAACCAUCAUCACCCGAACCCGAGAGGCCGAGGGUCGCUGACGUGGAACCACCACCGAAACCCGAGAGGCCGAGGGCCGCUGACGUGCAACCAUCACCGAAACCCGAGAGGCCGAGGGCCGCUGACGUGCAACCAUCACCGAAACCCGAGAGGCCGAGGGCCGCUGACAUGGAACCAUCAUCACCCGAACCCGAGAGGCCGAGGGUCGCUGACGUGCAACCAUCACUGAAACCCGAGAGGCGGAGGGCCGCUGACGUGCAACCAUCACCAAAACCCGAGAGGCCGAGGGCCGCUGACACGGAACCAUCAUCACCCGAACCCGAGAGACCGAGGGUCGCUGACGUGGAACCACCACCGAAACCCGAGAGGCCGAGGGCCGCUGACGUGGAACCACCACCGAAACCCGAGAGGCCGAGGGUCGCUGACGUGGAACCACCACCGAAACCCGAGAGGCCGAGGGCCGCUGACGUGCAACCAUCAUCGAAACCCGAGAGGCGGAGGGCCACUGACGUGCAACCAUCACCGAAACCCGAGAGGCCGAGGGCCGCUGACAUGGAACCAUCAUCACCCGAACCCGAGAGGCCGAGGGUCGCUGACGUGGAACCACCACCAAAACCCGAGAGGCCGAGGGCCGCUGACGUGCAACCAUCGCCGAAACCCGAGAGGCGGAGGGCCGCUGACGUGCAACCAACACCGAAACCCGAGAGGCCGAGGGCCGCUGACGUGCAACCAACACCGAAACCCGAGAGGCGGAGGGCCGCUGACGUGCAACCAUCGCCGAACCCCGAGAGGCGGAGGGCCGCUGACGUGCAACCAACACCCGAGAGGCCUAGGGCCGCUGACGUGCAACCAUCGCCGAAACCCGAGAGGCCGAGGGCCACUGACGUGGAACCAUCAUCACCUGAACCCAAGAGGCGGAGGGUCACUGACGUGGAACCACCACCGAAACCCGAGAGGCCGAGGGCCGCUGACGUGCAACCAUCGCCGAAACACGAGAGGCGGAGGGCCGCUGACGUGCCACCAUCACCGAAACCCGAGAGGCGGGGGGCCGCUGACAUGCAACCAUCACCGAAACCCGAGAGGCCGAGGGCCGCUGACAUGGAAACAUCCUCACCCGAACCCGAGAGGCCGAGGGCCGCUGACGUGCAACCACCACCGAAACCCGAGAGGCCGAGGGCCGCUGACAUGGAACCAUCAUCACCCGAACCCGAGAGGCCGAGGGCCGCUGACGUGCAACCAUCACCGAAACCCGAGAGGCCGAGGGCCGCUGACGUGCAACCAUCACCGAAACCCGAGAGGCGGGGGGCCGCUGACAUGCAACCAUCACCGAAACCCGAGAGGCCGAGGGCCGCUGACAUGGAACCAUCAUCACCCGAACCCGAGAGGCCGAGGGUCGCUGACGUGGAACCACCACCGAAACCGGAGAGGCAGAGGGCCGCUGACGUGCAACCAACACCGAAACCCGAGAGGCGGAGGGCCGCUGACGUGCAACCAUCACCGAAACCCGAGAGGCCGAGGGCCGCUGACAUGGAACCAUCAUCACCCGAACCCGAGAGGCCGAGGGCCGCUGACGUGCAACCAUCACCAAAACCCGAGAGGCGGAGGGCCGCUGACGUGCAACCAUCACCGAAACCCGAGAGGCCGAGGGCCGCUGACGUGCAACCAACACCGAAACCCGAGAGGCCUAGGGCCGCUGAUGUGCAACCAUCACCGAAACCCGAGAGGCGGAGGGCCGCUGACGUGCAACCAUCACCGAACCCCGAGAGGUGGAGGGCCGCUGACGUGCAACCAUCACCGAACCCCGAGAGGCCGAGGGCCGCUGACAUGGAACCAUCAUCACCCGAACCCGAGAGGCCGAGGGCCGCUGACGUGCAACCAUCACCGAACCCCGAGAGGCCGAGGGCCGCUGACAUGGAACCAUCAUCACCCGAACCCGAGAGGCGGAGGGCCGCUGACGUGCAACCAUCACCGAAACCCGAGAGGCCGAGGGCCGCUGACAUGGAACCAUCAUCACCCGAACCCGAGAGGCCGAGGGUCGCUGACGUGGAACCACCACCGAAACCCGAGAGGCCGAGGGUCGCUGACGUGCAACCAUCACCGAAACCCGAGAGGCCGAGGGCCGCUGACGUGCAACCAUCACCGAAACCCGAGAGGCCGAGGGCCGCUGACAUGGAACCAUCAUCACCCGAACCCGAGAGGCCGAGGGUCGCUGACGUGGAACCACCACCGAAACCCGAGAGGCCGAGGGCCGCUGACGUGCAACCAACACCGAAACCCGAGAGGCCGAGGGCCGCUGACGUGCAACCAUCGCCGAAACCCGAGAGGCCUAGGGCCGCUGACGUGCAACCAUCACCGAAACCCGAGUGGCGGAGGGCCGCUGACGUGGAACCACCACCGAAACCCGAGAGGCGGAGGGCCGCUGACGUGCAACCAUCACCGAGAGGCGGAGGGCCGCUGACGUGCAACCAACACCGAAACCCGAGAGGCGGAGGGCCGCUGACGUGCAACCACCGCCAAAACCCGAGAGGCGGAGAGCCGCUGACGUGGAACCAUCAUCACCCGAACCCAAGAGGCAGAGGGCCGCUGACGUGGAACCACCACCGAAACCCGAGAGACGGAGGGUCGCUGACAUGCAACCACCGCCGAAACCCGAGAGGCCGAGGGCCGCUGACGUGCAACCACCGUCGAAACCGGAGAGGUGGAGGGCCGCUGACGUGCAACCAUCGCCGAAACCCGAGAGGCGGAGGGCCGCUGACGUGCAACCAACACCCGAGAGGCCUACGGCCACUGACGUGCAACCAUCACCGAAACCCAAGAGGCGAAGGGCCGCUGACGUGCAACCAUCGCCGAAACCCGAGAGGCCGAGGGCCCCUGACGUGCAACCAUCAUCACCCGAACCCAAGAGGCAGAGGACCGCUGACGUGGAACCACCACCGAAACCCGCGAGGGUCGCUGACGUGCAACCACCGCCGAAACCCGAGAGGCGGAGGGCCGCUGACGUGCAACCAUCGCCGAAACCCGAGAGGCGGAGGGCCGCUGACGUGCAACCAACACACAAGAGGCCUAGGGCCACUGACGUGCAACCAUCACCGAAACCCAAGAGGCGGAGGGCCGCUGACGUGCAACCAACACCGAAACCCGAGAGGCCGAGGUCCGCUGACGUGCAACCAUCACCGAAACCCGAGAGGCCGAGGGCCGCUGACAUGGAACCAUCAUCACCCGAACCCAAGAGGCGGAGGGUCGCUGACGUGGAACCACCACCGAAACCCGAGAGGCAGAGGGCCGCUGACGUGCAACCAUCACCGAAACCCGAGAGGCCGAGGGCCGCUGACCUGCAGCCAUUGCCGAAACCCGAGAGGUCGAGGGCCCCUGACGUGCAACCAUCAUCACCCGAACCCAAGAGGUGGAGUGUCGCUGACGUGGAACCACCACCGAAACCCGAGAGGCCAAGGGCCGCUGACGUGGAACCAUCAUCACCCGAACCCCGAGAGGCGGAGGGUCGCUGACGUGGAACCACCACCAAAACCCGAGAGGCCGAGGGCCGCUGACGUGCAACCAUCGCCGAAACCCGAGGGGCGGAGGGCCGCUGACAUGCAACCAUCGCCGAAACCCGAGAGGCCGAGGGCCGCUGACGUGCAACCACCACCGAAACCCGAGAGGCCGAGGGCCCCUGACGUGGAACCAUCAUCACCCGAACCCAAGAGGCGGAGGGUCGCUGACGUGCAACCAUCACCGAAACCCGAGAGGUGGAGGGCCACUGACGUGCAACCAUCACCGAAACCCGAGAGGCCGAGGGCCGCUGACAUGGAACCAUCCUCACCCGAACCCGAGAGGCCGAGGGCCGCUGACAUGGAACCAUCCUCACCCGAACCCGAGAGGCCGAGGGUCGCUGACGUGCAACCACCACGGAAACCCAAGAGGCCGAGGGCCGCUGACGUGCAACCAUCGACGAAACCCGAGAGGCCUAGGGCCGCUGACGUGCAACCAUCACCGAAACCCGAGAGGCGGAGGGCCGCUGACGUGCAACCAACACCGAAACCCGAGAGGCGGAGGGCCACUGACGUGCAACCAUCACCGAAACCCGAGAGGCCGAGGGCCGCUGACAUGGAACCAUCAUCACCCGAACCCGAGAGGCCGAGGGCCGCUGACGUGCAACCAUCACCGAAACCCGAGAGGCCGAGGGCCGCUGACACGGAACCAUCAUCACCCGAACCCGAGAGGCCGAGGGUCGCUGACGUGGAACCACCACCGAAACCCGAGAGGCCGAGGGCCGCUGACGUGGAACCAACACCGAAACCCGAGAGGCCGAGGGCCGCUGACGUGCAACCAACACCGAAACCCGAGAGGCCGAGGGCCGCUGAUGUGCAACCAUCGCCGAAACCCGAGAGGCCGAGGGCCGCUGACGUGCAACCAUCACCAAAACCCGAGAGGCGGAGGGCCGCUGACGUGGAACCAUCAUCACCCGAACCCAAGAGGCGGAGGGUCGCUGAUGUGGAACCACCACCGAAACCCCAGAGGCGGAGGGCCGCUGACGUGCAACCAUCACCGAGAGGCAGAGAGCCGCUGACGUGCAACCAUCGCCGAAACCCAAGAGGCGGAGGGCCGCUGACGUGCAACCAACACCGAAACCCGAGAGGCCAAGGGCCGCUGACAUGGAACCAUCAUCACCCGAACCCAAGAGGCAGAGGGUCGGUGACGUGGAACCACCACCGAAACCCGAGAGGCCGAGGGUCGCUGACAUGCAACCACCGCCGAAACCCGAGAGGCGGAGGGCCGCUGACGUGCAACCAUCGCCGAAACCCGAGAGGCCGAGGGCCCCUGACUUGCAACCAUCAUCACCCGAACCCAAGAGGCGGAGGGUCGCUGACGUGCAACCACCGUCGAAACCCGAGAGGCGGAGGGCCGCUGACGUGCAACCAACACACGAGAGGCCUAGGGCCACUGACGUGCAACCAUCACCGAAACCCAAGAGGCGGAGGGCUGCUGACGUGCAACCAACACCGAAACCCGAGAGGCCGAGGGCCGCUGAUGUGGAACCAUCAUCACCCGAACCCAAGAGGGGGAGGGUCGCUGACGUGGAACCACCACCGAAACCCGAGAAGCCGAGGGCCGCUGAUGUGCAACCAUCAUCACCCGAACCCCGGAAGGCGGAGGGUCGCUGACGUGGAACCACCACCGAAACCCGAGAGGCCGAGGGCCGCUGACGUGCAACCAUCACCGAAACCCGAGAGGUGGAGGGCCGCUGACGUGCAACCACCACCGAAACCCGAGGGGCCAAGGGCCGCUGACGUGGAACCAUCAUCACCCGAACCCAAGAGGCGGAGGGUCGCUGACGUGGAACCACCACCGAAACCCGAAGGGCCGAGGGCCGCUGACAUGCAACCACCGCCGAAACCCGAGAGGCCGAGGGCCGCUGACGUGCAACCAACACUGAAACCCGAGAGGCCGAGGGCCCCUGACGUGGAACCAUCAUCACCCGAACCCAAGAGGCGGAGGGUCGCUGACGUGCAACCACCGCCGAAACCCGAGAGGCCGAGGGCCGCUGACGUGCAACCAUCACCGAGAGGCCGAGGGCCGCUGACGUGCAACCAACACCGAAACCCGAGAGGCGGAGGGCCGCUGACGUGCAACCACCGCCAAAACCCGAGAGACAGAGGGCCGCUGACGUGGAACCAUCAUCACCCGAACCCAAGAGGCAGAGGGCCGCUGACGUGGAACCACCACCGAAACCCGAGAGGCGGAGGGUCGCUGACAUGCAACCACCGCCGAAACCCGAGAGGCCGAGGGCCGCUGACGUGCAACCACCGUCGAAACCGGAGAGGUGGAGGGCCGCUGACGUGCAACCAUCGCCGAAACCCGAGAGGCGGAGGGCCGCUGACGUGCAACCAACACACGAGAGGCCUAGGGCCACUGACGUGCAACCAUCACCGAAACCCAAGAGGCGGAGGGCCGCUGACGUGCAACCAACACCGAAACCCGAGAGGCCGAGGGCCGCUGACAUGGAACCAUCAUCACCCGAACCCAAGAGGCGGAGGGUCGCUGACGUGGAACCACCACCGAAACCCGAGAGGCAGAGGGCCGCUGACGUGCAACCAUCACCGAAACCCGAGAGGCCGAGGGCCGCUGACCUGCAACCAUUGCCGAAACCCGAGAGGCCGAGGGCCCCUGACGUGCAACCAUCAUCACCCGAACCCAAGAGGCGGAGGGUCGCUGACGUGGAACCACCACCGAAACCCGAGAGGCCGAGGGCCGCUGACGUGGAACCAUCAUCACCCGAACCCCGAGAGGCCGAGGGCCGCUGACGUGCAACCAUCGCCGAAACCCGAGAGGCCGAGGGCCGCUGACGUGCAACCAUCGCCGAAACCCGAGAGGCCGAGGGCCGCUGACGUGCAACCAACUCCGAAACCCGAGAGGCCGAGGGCCGCUGACGUGCAACCAUCGCCGAAACCCGAGAGGCGGAGGGCUGCUGACGUGCAACCAUCACCGAAACCCGAGAAGCCGAGGGCCGCUGACGUGCAACCACCACCGAAACCCGAGAGGCCGAGGGCCGCUGACGUGGAACCAUCAUCACCCGAACCCAAGAGGCGGAGGGUCGCUGACGUGGAACCACCACCGAAACCCGAGAGGCCGAGGGCCGCUGACGUGCAACCACCGCCGAAACCCGAGAGGCAGAGGGCCACUGACGUGCAACCACCGCCAAAACCCGAGAGGCCGAGGGCCGCUGACGUGCAACCAACACCGAAACCCGAGAGGCCAAGGGCCCCUGACAUGGAACCACCAUGCAAACUCAGGAGGCCGAGGGUCGCUGACGUGGAACCAUCAUCACCCGAACCCAAGAGGCGGAGGGUCGCUGACGUGCAACCACCGCCGAAACCCGAGAGGCCGAGGGCCGCUGACGUGCAACCAUCGCCGAAACCCGAGAGGCCGAGGGCCGCUGACGUGCAACCAACACCGAAACCCGAGAGGCCGAGGGCCGCUGACGUGCAACCAUCACCGAGAGGUGGAGGGCCGCUGACGUGCAACCACCGCCGAAACCCGAGAGGCGGAGGGCCGCUGACGUGCAACCACCGCCGAAACCCGAGGCGCGGAGGGCCGCUGACGUGCAACCACCGCCGAAACCCGAGAGGCGGAGGGCCGCUGAUGUGCAACCACCGCCGAAACCCGAGAGGCCGAGGGCCGCUGACAUGCAACCAUCAUCACCCGAACCCAAGAGGCGGAGUUUGAGUUAGCUUGGAACAGGCUAUUGCACUCAAGCCUGAGCAAUAAGAAUAAAACUGAGUAGAACAAAAUAAAAAAAUCAAAAAACAAAACAAAACCCACACUCCAAAAACAAACUAACAAAGAAUAAAUAAAUAAUAUAAAAAUGAAAUAAA